GCACAGAGGCCCAGAGCUUCGGCUUGCUGGACCCCAAGCUGUGCUACCUGCUGGACGGGAUCCUGUUCAUCUACGGCGUCAUCAUCACCGCCCUGUUCCUGCGGGCCAAGUUCGGCCGGAGCGCGGACAGCCCGGAGCAAAUGCAGGGCCCCAGCCAGGUCUACAACGAGCUCAACCUGGGGAGGAGAGAGGAGUACGACCUUCUGGACAAGAGGCGUGGCCGGGACCCGGAGAUGGGCGGGAAACAGAGGAGGAAGAACCCCCAGGAGGGCCUGUACAACGCCCUGCAGAGGGAGAAGAUGGCGGAGGCCUACAGCGAGAUCGGGAUGAAAGGCGAGAACCAGCGUCGCAGAGGCAAGGGGCCCGACGGCCUUUACCAGGGGCUCAGUGCGGCCACCAAAGACACCUACGACGCCCUCCACAUGCAAACACUGCCCCCUCGCUAGCAGCCCGGACCACCACCCACAGGGAGACAGACCCACAGACGCCCAGAUUGUAAACGACCCAGGAAAAAGCAUGUACAGUUCGCUCCCGUCCCCCAGUCCUCUGUCACGCAGGACACUCGUGUGUCACAGCGGUCCCCUCCCGCCCCCAGCCUCCAUUCAGCGUCACUUCGCACGUGAGGGUGUGCGUCCUGGCCUGUCCCGGAGCCUGUCCAGUCCUCGCCUCUGCCUGCCGGGGGCCCGGGCACCGUGGCUCGGACCUGGGGCCGCACACCCCUCACAGCCCAGCUGGUUAGUCUGUUUUGUCACGUCCCAAAGGAGCCCCCACGCCAGCGCCGUCCGGCGGUCUGUGCUGUGGGCACCUGAGCGGCUUGGCUCCUGCUGUACCUUUGGCUUCUGUUGUCAGCCGUCCCUCACCGCUCGGCAGCCGUCCCUGGGCCCAGGAGGUCCCGGCAGAGCCCUGCGGACGGAGGGGCUGGGUUCGGGCUGCCUGGAAGGCUCCCUCGGCCGGCGCCCCUUGCCCUGGUGUCCAGGAGCCGGACACGGGGCCUGAGAGAUGGACACGCCUGUGCCUUCGAGAGCCCACAUCCUUCAGGAGGCGUGUGGGGAGCCGAGGCGGGCGCCCGAGCGGGGAAGGCCGUGGCUCCCUGGCACCUGCUCAUGCCACACUGAACUCAGGACAAACCCCUCACGUGAAGGCCUCGCAGGAAGGCCCCAGGCCACCGGGGCCUGCAGAGCCCACAAGACAGGGGCCUGGAAGGAGCCUCUCCCCGCUGGGCUUCCUUCUUGCUGGUUUGCUAACGCCUUGCUCUUUGCAUAAUAAACGCUUCAGUGA